AUGGAACACGGGGAGGAGAAUCUAGAUACUGGAUUUCCCCUGAAGAUGGAACACGGGGAGGAGAAUCUAGAUACUGGAUCUCCCCUGAAAUUGGAACACGGGGAGGAGAAUCUAGAUAUUGGAUUUCCCCUGAAGAUGGAACACGAGGAGGAGAAUCUAGAUACUGGAUCUCCCCUGAAGAUGGAACACGGGGAGGAGAAUCUAGAUACUGGAUCUCCCCUGAAGAUUGAACACGGGGAGGAGAAUCUAGAUACUGGAUUUCCCCUGAAGAUGGAACACGGGGAGGAGAAUCUAGAUACUGGAUCUCCCCUGAAGAUGGAACACGGGGAGGAGAAUCCAGAUACUGGAUCUCCCCUGAAGAUUGAACACGGGGAGGAGAAUCUAGAUACUGGAUUUCCCCUGAAGAUUGAACACGGGGAGGAGAAUCUAGAUACUGGAUCUCCCCUGAAGAUGGAACACGGGGAGGAGAAUCUAGAUACUGGAUCUCCCCUGAAGAUGGAACACGGGGAGGAGAAUCUAGAUACUGGAUCUCCCCUGAAGAUUGAACACGGGGAGGAGAAUCUAGAUACUGGAUCUUCCCUGAAGAUGGAACACAGGGAGGAGAAUCUAGAUACUGGAUCUCCCUGA